UCAGAGGAGGCAGACUAACCCCCGACGACGUUCUCUUUUUAUUUCCCCCUUCCGAAAUGGCCGUAUCCUCGUCGCCGUCUCCUAGGCUUUUCAAUGCUUCCUUCGAGUGCCGCUCCGAUCCCGAGUUCUCUGGGGCAACGCGCGGGGACAAACCGGGCCAGCGCCGCUUCAGCCCGUUUCGAUGUGGAACGGCGUCGUUUGUUGGUGGCUGCAGCGGCGGGGUGUCCUCCCUGAUCUUCAAGUUCCCGCCGAACUUCGUGCGUCAGCUCAGCACCAAGGCCCGCCGCAACUGCAGCAACAUCGGUGUGGCGCAAAUCGUGGCGGCUAAGUGGUCCAACGGCCCUACAUCUGGAUCCCCUUCCUCGGCGGCGGCGGCGGCUCAGGCAGCCGCCGCCGCCGCCGCUGCAUCCUCGGCCUCCACUCCGGUCGAGCUUACUGCCGUUGAUGAUGUGGCGGUGAUUGAGGGUUGUAACAGCAAUGGAAGUGUACAGAAUGCAUCAUUUUUGCGCUCCGACGGGAGCAUCGCAAUUCAUGCCGGUGAAAGAUUAGGGCGUGGGAUAGUUACUGAUGCAAUUACAACUCCAGUGGUCAAUACUACUGCCUAUUUCUUUAAGAAAACCGCUGAGCUUAUUGACUUCAAGGAGAAACGCCAUGCAAGUUUCGAAUAUGGGCGCUAUGGAAAUCCCACAACAGUGGUUGCAGAGGAGAAGAUUAGUGCACUUGAGGGAGCUGAGUCAACCGUGAUUAUGGCAUCUGGAAUGUGUGCUAGCACGGUCAUGUUGAUGGCAUUGGUUCCUGCUGGCAGUCAUAUGGUGACAACAACUGAUUGCUACAGGAAGACUAGGAUAUUCAUUGAGACCAUGUUACCAAAAAUGGGAAUCUCGGUUACUGUCAUUGAUCCUGCUGAUAUGAAAGGCCUGGAGUCUGCACUCGAUCAGAACAAUGUCUCUCUCUUCUUCACUGAAUCUCCUACAAAUCCAUUCCUGAGAUGUGUUGACAUUGAGUUAGUUUCAAAGCUCUGCCACAGAAAAGGAGCUUUGGUCUGCAUUGAUGGUACCUUUGCAACACCUCUCAAUCAGAAAGCCCUUGCUCUAGGUGCUGAUCUUGUUCUGCACUCUGCAACUAAAUUCAUUGGGGGCCACAAUGAUGUCCUUGCUGGUUGUGUAAGUGGUUCUUUGGAGCUGGUUACUCAAAUACGUAAUUUGCAUCAUGUUUUGGGCGGUACUCUAAAUCCAAAUGCUGCUUAUCUGAUCAUUCGAGGCAUGAAGACACUGCAUCUUCGUGUACAGCAACAAAAUUCAACAGCAUUAAGGAUGGCCAAAAUUUUAGAGGCACAUCCAAAGGUGCAACGCGUCUAUUACCCAGGGUUGCCAAGUCAUCCUGAACAUCACAUUGCCAAGCAGCAAAUGACUGGCUUUGGUGGUGUUGUCAGUUUUGAGAUUGAUGGAGAUUUGAUGACCACUAUAAAGUUUGUCGAUGCAUUGAAGAUCCCUUAUAUUGCUCCAUCCUUUGGCGGCUGUGAGAGCAUUGUUGAUCAGCCAGCUAUCAUGUCUUAUUGGGAUCUUAGUCAAUCGGAGAGGAUGAAGUAUGGGAUUAAGGACAACUUGGUUCGAUUCAGCUUUGGAGUUGAGGACUUCGAAGAUUUGAAGGCUGAUGUGUUCCAGGCCCUUGAGACCAUAUAAAUGGCGCGUUAAACCAGUCUUUUGUUUUCUUCCCUUUUUAGGUCCUAGGUGUAGCUUUCAUUGCUACCUAGUUUGUUCUUGCUUUGCUUGCUUCAAUUGGAAUUUGCUAUCUGAAAUUUUCGCUCUGUGGCUCGUCAUUACUUCACUCUGUAAUGAUCCCCUUGGUAAUUUUAAACAAACUUCAUAAUGUUUCUCUACGUCAUGCAAAAUUUCUCGUCGCGAAUGCUUGAGUAGUGUGUGAAGAAAUCAAAAUUUGAUGA